UUUGCGCACUCGGAGAGCGGAAACGAGACAACGCUUUCUCCCCUCACUUUUCCCCUUCGACUCUUCUCUAGCUCCCACCCUCACCUCCAAGAAGCAGCCAAUCCAGCAACCCGUGCCGCCGCGCCGCGCCGCGCGGAUGGCGGGUGGCAGCGGCGAGGGCGCCGCAAUGUCGCCGCCUUCCUCCUCCGGCGUUGGCGGCGGCGGCGGUGGCGGAAAGCGCGGGAGGGAUCCGGAGGAGGACGUGUACGUGGACAACCUCCACUCCCACAAGCGGUACCUCAGCGAGAUAAUGGCGUCCAGCCUGAAUGGGCUCUCUGUUGGAGAUUCGCUUGCCGACAACAUCAUGGAGUCCCCUGCGAGGUCGGAGAGUUCCUCUUGUAUCAGGGACGAAAUAAUCUCCCAAUACUCACCAAUGUCAGAAGACUCAGAUGACUACCGGUACUUCGACACACAACUAAACCCCAACGGGAGUCAAGGUGAUGCAAUGGUCAGCCCAUCAACUAGUCCAAUGUCAUCUCCUCACCGGUUCCAGAAACCACAAGCUAGUUUCCUACCAUCAAGCCCAUAUCCUCUCCCCAGCUGCUCCCUCUCAUCCGUGGCUUGCUCUCACCCUCGGCGUGGCUCUGAGAAUGAAGGCCGGUUCCCGUCUUCACCCAAUGACAUGUGCCAUGGCGCGGACCUGAGGCGAACGGCACUACUGAGGUCGGUGCAAAUGAGGGUGCAUGGUCCCCAUGCGUACGACCCAUCAUUCGGCAGCCGGCAGGAGCAAGAACAUGUCCAUGAGCAUGAUGAUGAACAUGGUCAUGAGCAUCUGGAAGAUUUGGGAGGGCCAGAAAGACCAUCUUGCAGGAAAUCAAUUGAUAAUGAAGCUAGUGGCUACCAGGGGGCUGAAAACAGCUAUGGGCGGCAGGAGCAUGAUAUCGAUUACAUCGACGGCUGCACAGCUGAUGAUGUCUUGAGUGGCCCCAAGUUCAAGCAAGAAGAUGAUAACCAAGGUAAUUCUGACGCCAGCAUGGAUAAAACUAGAUAGGUACUAUCAGAGUGCAAUCACACCAUGCAAUUGUUGUAGUAUUAAUUAUGGCAAUGGGAGAUCAGGUUUUUUGCUGUUGUAAUUUUCUAUGCAGUUGGAUUUGUUGCAAUCUGGCUGCUUUCCGCAAUUUUGAAAUUGUGGCAUUUGAGUACCUGUCUGCUGUUUGAACGAAAAAGUCUUGCGGAGAGUGAUUUAUAGUA